UAGGCUUCUGGCUCUUCUUUUAUCUCUCACAACCUCCAUUUUAGCCCUUCCACCCUCUCUAGCUCGUUCGUUUCAGGCUUUUCACUCUUGCACCUUUUUAGAAUUCAGUAGCAGAAGAGAUGAUGUUGCUGGGAAAGAGGCAACGCCACCCGAUGAAAAGGACGACGAGCAUGACGGAGAUUACCUUCGAUCUAAACACCGGCGCCGUCGACGGUGCUUCUGCUUCUCCGCCGUCGACCGAUCCUCACAACCCCUUAAACUUCCAGGGACAGCCAGGUGGCGGGCUAGAUCAUCAGCGGUUGCUGGCCAUAGUCUCUCCCAGAAACCUCAGGCGGAGUUCGGCCGAUUUUGUAGAGACCACCUCUGCUAACUUCUUAAGGUCUUGCUCUCUCUGCAAGCGCCGGUUGGUCCCUAGUCGUGACAUCUACAUGUAUAGGGGUGACACUGCUUUCUGCAGUCUAGAGUGCCGGCAGCAACAGAUGAAUCAAGACGAAAGAUCGGAGAAAUGCUCAUUGGCUUCCAAGAAGCUGGAAACUGGAGGAUCGUCCACCAUCGCCGGCGCCCCCGUCUCCACCGAAGGGGAGACAGUCGCCGCCUAGUAACGCUACCGGCAGCCCUUCAAAACCUUUAAUCACUCUUGCUUAUAUAUAUAAUAUAUACAUAUACAUACACAGCAUCUUAUAUAUUUGCAUGUAUGUAUAAGUAAUAACUAUUAACUAGGAAUAUGAAUUAUAUAUAGCCGAGAUGUAAGAGCAGCAAACUAGCAGGGGCGCAGAUAUCUUUUGGUGGGAAAGAUGGGAUUGGGAGGGGUCGACUGUUUUUUUUAUAUAUAUAUAUAUAUAUUAUGUAUACAACCAGAAAGCCCUGUGCGCAAUUCUUCUUCAGAGUUUCUUCCCCUCCAGCAUGUGUUGCCUUUUUGUUGUAGUAAUGGAAGAAAUAUGCAUAUUUUUACAA